GAAUAGCACUCUCUUUCUUAGCCCCGCCCAACCCUUGACACUUCGCUACCAAAAUGUCCGACGAUGAGCAGCACCAACACGAUUUCCAGCAGGCGGGCGCUGGUGCUUCCCUCACCUACCCCAUGCAAUGCUCCGCCUUGCGCAAAAACGGACAUGUAGUCAUCAAGGGUCGUCCCUGCAAGAUCGUUGACAUGUCGACCUCCAAGACUGGCAAGCACGGUCACGCAAAGGUCCAUCUCGUUGCCAUCGAUAUCUUCACUGGCAAGAAGUUGGAAGAUAUCUCUCCCUCCACCCACAACAUGGAUGUCCCCAACGUCUCUCGCACUGAAUACCAGUUGGUCAACAUCGAUGACGGCUUCCUCAACUUGAUGACCAACGACGGUACCCCCAAGGACGACGUCCGUGUUCCCGAGGGUGACAUUGGAAAGGAAAUUCAAGACGCCUUCGAUGAGGGCAAGGACCUCCUCGUCACCAUCGUCUCUGCCAUGGGUGAAGAGCAGGCCAUCUCCUGGAAGGAGGCCCCCAAGGGUUCUUAGAUCCUUUGCGUCACGCUGGUUUCCCGGGCCGUUCCUUCCCAGGCAUGGUCACACCUUUGUGCUUGUAUCCGUAAUGUUAUCGAUCUCUGGUUCCUUUUGCCUCUUCCUCCUUCCACCAUGCCUCUCGCAGUCUUGAGGCAUUUUUCUUGUCACGACGGGGUUCAAUUUUCACGACUACGAUGCUGAUUGUCUAGCCUCGCCCACGCAUACACAUAUCAUUCCUAUCCCUCGAUCUGUGUUGUUUGUUGUACUCUCUUUAGGAUUAAAAUGAAAAGAAGAUGUAUCAAUCACCUGGGGC